UUGUUGAACCUACUUCUUAUUCAAAACACAAUCUUAGUAGUUAUUAUUUGUGUUAUGCUAUCUGAAAAACACUUUAAGUUCAGAGUGUUUUUCAGAUACGGGUACGGUGACAGUCGAAUGUAUGACGCUCAUAAUAUGUACUAUUAUCAUGAAUCGCAGCAAACUUUCUACAUGAAACGAACUGUAGUAUUUAUCCAUCCACGGCCCCCACACGCCCUUAAGAAGUUCUCAACUAUACACCUACACUCUUUUUUUAAUUUUUGUAAUACGGGUGAAUUAUCUACCCACAAAGUAGUACCUACAUAUUAUACUCCCCUGUGACGGUGGUUUUGAUUUGAUUUCUACCUGGAACCUGGCCGAAAAUGAUUGUUGAUUAAAACUCAUACACUUACUAUAGUCAGCUUUAAUUCUAUAUCACCAUGUCAUCAAUAAAUACAGUAAGAGCUCCUUAUAUGCGCUGCCUUUAUUUGCAUUUUCACUAUUUACAGAUUGAAAAAAUUGUGACCCUAUUCCUUUAUUCCCGGCUAAAUAUUUUGUUAUUUGCAGAUCUAACUCCUGAAAGUGAUAUAUCUGCAAAUUUAAAAGUUAACUUGCAAGUUUUGCCAAAAUUGCGAAUGUAAUAAAAAAAUUGUAUGGUUCAGUGAAUGUGACGUAGGAAAAAGAGGAAAAUUAAUAAUGCCACUGCUGAAUAUCAGUCUGAAAAAAUACUUUAGCAAGUUUGUUGUUAAAUUGUGUAAAAGUGACGUUACAAGUAGUUUACACUUUAUUUGUUUUUUAUUUUGUCACCUAAGAAUGUAUCUAUACAUUGUUAUUUUUUAUAUUAGGACCUUGGAUAAGUUCCUGCUGUUUUUUGAUAAAACAAAUGCUUUAUUAAAAGGCUAAGGUAUUAUAAUAUUAAUUAACUGAAAGUAUUUUUUACCACUAGAGAGCAGUCUUUUAAGCAGCAUAUGAAUUUCAGAACCUAUUCAUCAUUUGAGGGUUUCUAUGAAUCAACCCACUUUUGGGUUUGUAUGAAUAGGGACCGGAAUAUGUAUUUCAUUGGAAAGUGAGAUGUCUUGUGAAUUCCAAGGGUAGAAUUUGCCCAUUUUGGCGUUUUCAGUUAGCAUUUAGCAAGUAAGCUAACAUUUGGCCUAGCAUUGUCAUAACAAAGUUUCUUUGCCAUGUUUCUGCUUUAAUGGUCUUUCUUUUAAUGUUGGACUUAAAAGUCAAUUAAAGUUGUUACUGAAUUCUUGUAAUUAUAGUCCGUUCAGUUUUGAGCAGCUUUUAAUCAAUAAUACCCUGCUGAUCCCAUCACAUGUAGAGAAGAAGUUACAAAACAUUACUUACUUGGUUUUGCUAACCAUGUUGACACAAAUCCCGGCUUAACCUUGUAAUUUUCUGUAAUUAAUUGUUGUAGUAUAUCAACUUUUCAACAAACUGUCGAGUUUUCAACUAUAAGGGUAAAAGCAAUAAUUUCUCUAUAAUUAUAUAUCUAUAUAUCUAGGAUGUUUAUAUAUAUCAUUAAUUUAAUUCUUAAUGUUAUAAUAUACUAUCAUAAAACAGACACAACAAGUAUUAUUGUGUGAACUGUUCUGACAAUUAUUAGAUAAUAACAUUUCUGGAGUGGAGUUUUAUUAAUAUUAUUCAUCAUCAUUAUCAGGCUAUUUUUACGGCCCAUUACAGGCCAGCUAGCUCCAUAGGAGAGACCUUAUGGAACUUAAACUGUCUUAAGUACAUACAUAUAUGUUGUUGAAGAUUAUUGAUGGUGUUAUAGUUAUUAUAUAUUUUGCUUUAAGAUGGGUGUGCAGUUACCGAUAACAUUACUGGGAUCAAAUCUCCAAGAGAAACAUCGUUACCUGAAUGACUUGGUUAAUGAGACUUACGAAAGAAAUGUCCCUUUUCAAGACAUCAUAAUUCAACCAGAAACUUCACCUAUUGAUUGAAUUUUCAAAAUAGAUCUUGCUUCAAAACAUAGAAACAUUGAAUACAUAAUAGAUAAUCUUAAAAACAAUGAUAUGUUGUAUGUCAGUAGAUCAUUAAAAUGUCUUUGGAUUUUAGAAAACCAAUAUAGUGACGUCGUUAAAUCAUUGCAUCUUGAGAGUACUUUAUAUCCAGAAAUGAUCCAACCAGCUGUCAAUAAAAUGAAGCGUUUUAUACAGUUAAAUUUAAAAGAUAAAGAAAGGUGCCAGAUGUUUUAUAACUAUUAUAUAGAUCUAACUUUGAGGAUGCAUUUAACUUUUUCUGGCACUGUUCCAGUCAAUUUAUAACAAAUGAAUUUCCAAAUGUAAUGGAUAAAUUGUCAUUCAAACAGUUGAAAAUAGUUUUUGAUGUCUGUCCUUCAGCAUGCAAACUUUACUUUGAGAUUUUACCUAACAACCUUGCUGCACUAUCAAAAGUGUAUUGAAGAGUGAUGGCAAUGUGUUUUUAGAUAUUGUUGAAAAAUAUUUCCACUCAAACUUAUUUGAUGCAUUCAGUCCAUCAAUUACAGAGUAUAUAAUGAAAAAUUACAGAAUUAGAUUUGAUGCUAAGAGUGAAUUAUAUGUAGCUUAUGUACUUUACAUGAAAACUAUUGCAGCUAACUUGACUGGUGAACAAGCCAAAGAACUUGUUCUGAAACUUGCCAGAGCUGAGUAUUUGGAAAAUUGGUUUACAUACAAGAAGGUUGAACCAUUAAUAAAACGCUUGAAAUCAGAGGAAAGGUCUUCUUUUAAAAAGCAAGUGUUUGUUGAUAAAGCGAUUGAUUGUAAAGUCAAAGACUGGCCAUACCCAUUACCUAAACCAUUAGUUCUAAAAGUCGAGGAUAAAGCCCAUGUAUUUAAAGACAUACAGCGUGAGCCAUGUAAAUACGAAAUCGAAUACCUUACGAAUCAUUACUUCGGUGCUGGCAUGCUCAAACCACAAGUAAUGGAAAAAUGUGAUUUGUUCGCUCAUGAGUACAAUUUAGUUUGUGACUAUGCAGCUACUUGUGACCCAUGGAAAUCUCCAUUGAACCAGUUGUUCAACCGUUAUCGUUUUAUAGGUUUUGAACAAACAUUUGUACACAAUAAAAAUUUGUUAGCUGAAAGCACUACUGAAGGUCGACUCAAUAUUAUGCUAGUUCUUGUCAGCAAAAGCGGAGGAGUUCCAGAACAAGUAGAGAAAUUUCUAAAGCUAAUGGUAGAAAGACAUAAGAAUGAACCAACCACGCUACGGGCUGCAGUUAUUAGAUCUCUCGUAAAACGUGGUUCUGCCUGGCGUUUGCCUGAAAAUGUCUGGUCGUUAGUGCUACAAUUUGGCGUUGACAUAGGUCUCGAUGGAGCUGAAACAGACCCAACAUGCCGCGAAGGCCUUCAUGCUGUUGUCUUACGUCACUUAUUAGCUGAUGUCCAAAUAUCACCUGCUUUACUUACUGGCUUUCUCCGUCAAUUCUCUACAUUUACCGAAUACAAAUUAAAUCUUGAAGAAAAGAAGUUAGUCGCUAAACGUUUACCUCCGCUUAUACUGUCUUCAGAUGCGAAUGCAUUUUUGACACACUUGUCCAAUAUAAAGUUAAUUUAAAAGAAAUACCUAAUGCAAUAACAGCUCUACUAAAAGCGGCAAAAACCGAUUCAAAUCUAGUCUCACGAUUAUACAAAGCGAGAAUAUUGAGGCGUGAGCUUUUUAUUGAA